AUGAUUUUAAAUAAAAUAUUAUAUAUAAAAGAACAUGUAAAUAAAAAAUGUAAGAAAUUUUUUAGUUUCUUGAGCAAAGAGAUUGAAGAAGUAAGAAAUAAUAAUUCAAAAAAAUGGAGAAAAGAAAUAGAAAUUUUAAAAAAUAAAGAAAAUCAAAAAGAUGUGGAUAUAAAUGAACUAAAUUACAUUAUUAAAAAAGAAAAAAGAAGAAAAAUUAAGGAAUUAAAAAAGGAAAACGAUGAAAAAAAAGAUAAUAUAAAAGAAGACACUUUAAAUAUAUUUGAUAUUAGUAAUAACAAUAAAAUUGAAAAUGUAAACUUAAAAAAAAAGGAUUUAUUUGAAUUUGAUGAAUAUAUUAAUUAUUAUGACAAAUGGAAUCUUCAAAAAAUAAAUUAUAAAAAUACAAAAACAUCAGAAAUGAAGACAGUUGCUAUAGAAAACAAUAUACAAAACAAUAAAGAUAUUUAUAAUAUAAAAAAUUACUACGAUUACUUUGAAAAUACUGAAAACUUAGAAAAUUUAAAAAAACAAAAUAAUUAUAAUAAAUUAUUUUCAGAAGAUGAUCCUCGCCUACUGUGGGAUGUACAAAAUGACUAUUUUUUUGCAAAUGAUGAUAUAUAUUUUUUUAAUAAUUUUAAUGAUUCAAAUUAUUCUCAAUUUUUAGAUACUUUGAAUUAUAACGAAAAUUUUUAUUUCAGUUAUUUAAAUAAAAGAAAACCAAUUAAAUUUUUAAGCAAAGAUCAAAUUAUUGAAAUCCUAGAGAAAAACUCGGAAUAUUUAUUUAGAAAAGAUAACCAAAGCGAAGAGAAAAAAAAAUUAUCAAGCAGUUAUGAUAAUGAAAACAGUUAUAUGAAUUAUAAUUUAAAUGAUUCCAUAAAUUAUAAUACAAAAAAUAGAAUGAAUGAUUAUAAAAAUGAAAAAAUAAUUUUUUUUAAUGAAAAUAAAAUAUUAGAACGCAUUAUUGAAUUUGAUUAUGAUAAUGAAAAAAAUAAGAAAAAUGAUAAAAAUUAUGAAUUUUAUUUAAAUAUGUUGAAUAGAAUAGAGUUUAUUAGUUUAUCAUUCAAACCUAAAGAAUGUGUUUUUAUUUUAAGUUUUUUUUAUUUUUAUAAUUUCCUACCUUUUGAAAUUUUAAAUAAGUUUAUACAAAAUUUUUUAUCACAUUUACACUUUUUAAAUAUUCAACAAGUUUUAAUAUUAUUAAAAAUAUAUAGUACAUGGAAAAACAAUUAUGAAGAUUUUCUUCACCUUUUGUUAGUUUAUUUUUUUAAUUUAAAAAUGGAUUUACCAAAUGAACAAAUGAGAAAUAUAGAGGAGAUAGAUAAUAAAUUACUAAUUAAAAAAAAGGAAAAUCAUCUAAUAAGUAAUAUAAAAAAUGAUAUUUUUUUUUUAAAAAUGUGCUUAAAAAAUAAAAUUCGUAUUAAUAAUUCACUCAUGCUUUUUCAUUGUAAGAAUAAUUUACCUUUUUAUGAUAAAAAUGAAUUAUUAUUAUUGUUUCAAUGUUUUUUUUUUUUAAGCGAUAAGAAGAAUAAUGAUUUGCUUUAUAAAACUAUUAAGAUAUCUCCUUUUCUUCUUAGGAAUUAUGAAAUUAUAAAUGAUAUUAAUGAAUUAAGAACAUUUUUAUGUAAUGAAAAGAAUUAUCCUAAAGUAAAAUUAAAUUUUAAAGAAUUAGAAAUAAUUUUAGCAUCAUUAAACAAUAUGAAUAGUGUUGAAUUUUAUGAGUACUUAAAAUUAUUUCUAAUUAAUGAUUAUUAUUACAACAAUGAUAUUAUAAAAAAAAUUGAAAAAGAAAUAUACAAAUGCAAAUACAAUAACAAUCAUAAUAACCAUUUAUUAUAUAUAAAUAUUGAAAUUAUGAAUUUUCUUAUUUUUUAUAACAUUAUAACAAAUUUAAAAAAAUAUGUGUUAUUUCCUUUUUUUAAUAAAAACGAUUUAUUUGAAUUGCUAAAAAAUGUAAAAUUAUCUGAAAACAAGAUAGAAAUCCAUAAAGAUAAUAUAAAAUUUGAUUGUCUAAUUAAAAUGGAUAUAUCUCAAAAAGGAGAAAAUAUAUAUGAAAAAGAAAAGAACCAAAAUAAUUAUUCUGAUAAACAAGAAAAAUAUAAUAUUAAUGAUUUAGUAAAAUUUAGUGGGGAAGAUAUAAAGAAUAUAUUUAUUUGUGAAAACGAGAAUUUAAAUAAAUUUUUAUAUCAUUAUGAAAAGACAACUAUAAAAAAAAUAAAACUUGAUUUAAUAGUAGAUACUAUAUGUUUCAUAAAUGAAUAUAGUAUAUUCUUUAAAAAUAUAUUAGAUAUAAAUAAAAAAGUAAACGAAGAUAUUUUAUUCGUACUUUAUUUUUUUUAUCUAAAGAUUUUAACUAUUAUGAACUCUUUAAAAAAUAAUGAUAAACAAAUAAUAUUAUAUCAUUAUUCUAGAAUUAUUCCAUCUUAUUGCAUAAAAGAAGAUAGUGAUUCUGAUAUUUUAUUUGGCGAUAAAUUAAAAAAAAAAGAAAAAAAAAGAAUGUUUUUCUUUUUAUAUUAUAAUAUAUUUAAUCAAGAUGUAAAAGACAAUUCUCCAAGUAGCAAGUUCAUUAAUAGUAGUAAUAAUACAAAUAUGUUUUAUAAAAAUAGAUAUUUUCUGAAGAACUCCAUUUUUAAUACAUUAUUGUUAAUUUUUCAUAAAUUCUUUGAUAGUAUGAAUGUUUCUUUUGAUGCUAAUAUAUUCUUUAAAAAUAUAAAGAAUAUUAUUUUGUCAAUUUCAUUAUAUAUAUACAAGUUUGGAAAUGUAAUUAAUUAUUACGAUUACUCUCUUAAAAAUUACUUAUUAUUGUGUUCUGAUAAUUAUAAUGAAAAAAAUUCUAAUUGCAUUUGGAAUAUUUCUCAGGAGACAAGUAAUAUUUUGUUAAAAUUAAUGAAUAAUAUAAUUUCAUUUUUUUAUAUAUUUAAAGAAAAUUUUAAUAAUAAUAACUUAAAUGACGAAGAAGUUGUGCAUUUGAUAAAUUCACUUUCUUUCUUUGCUGUAUCAUUACAAUUCUAUGAAAACAUUGAAAAUAAGACAAGGAAUGAUAAAAACCUAUGUAGUUUUCAAAAAUAUUCAAAAAAAAAAGAUGAAGAAAAAAUAGUAGAAUUUUAUAACAAUAUUUUAUAUUUUUUUAUUAAGGAGUUAGAGAAAAUAGAUAUAUCCGAAUUAAAUGAAAUAAAUAAAUUAAUUACAUUUGAAACUUUAUCUAGAAUAUUUGUUUUAAAUUCAUUAAAUGACAUAUCUUCAAAAGAGGUAAUAUUAUUAUUAAAUAAGUUAAUGAAUUACAUUGUAGAUAAUGAAAUGUAUAUAAAUAAAGAAAAUUAUUAUCUAAUUAUCUUUUCUUAUGAAAAUUUAAAGGGAAAUUACCACAAUUUAAAAAGUAACGAUUUUUUUGAUAUCAAAAUAUAUGAACAAUUGGAGCAUAUGUUAGCAAGUAAAGGAAUGAAAAAGUAUUAG